UUCACAACACGUUUGAUUGUCGUUUUAUGCUUUGAAUAUUCGUUUGGCAGGAUGGAGACUAUUUUGGAACAACAAAGGAGGCUUCAUGAAGAACGAGAGAGAUUGAUGGAUGGAAUAGUGAAGGAAACUUUGCACAAGAGAGGCUCGGCACGAGACCAAAUUAAUUCAGAUCAAAGAGCAAGGAUGCUCCUGGAUAGAUCAAUGGACUGUGCAUCAAUGCUACGAGAUCUCUAUGAAGACAGUGAUGGACUUAGAAAAGAAGAAAUCCAUGCAUUGUCUGGACCCAAUGAAUUUCAGGAGUUUUAUAGCAGGCUAAAGAUUAUCAAAGAAUUUCACAGAAAACAUCCAAAUGAGAUCAGUGUACCAAUGUCUGUGGAAUUUGAGGAAUUGGCAAAAGCCAGAGAGAAUCCAUCUGAGGAAAUGAACAACAUGGUUGACUUCAGCGAUGAAGAAGGCUAUGGCAAAUAUCUAGAUCUUCAUGAAUGCUACGAUAAAUGUGUCAAUCUAAAAGGAGCAGAAAGAAUUGAUUAUAUAACCUACCUGCAAUCGUUUGAUCGUUUGUUCGAGAUUCCGAAAGACCGAAAGUUGAAUGCUGACUAUAGAAGGUACUUGGAGACAUUAUUGGAAUAUUUACAAGACUACACCAACCGAGUGAAACCAUUGCUUGAUCUAUCAGAGGAAGUGGAGACACUCGAACAAGAAUUCAUAAAACAAUGGGAUGCCGGGAUAUUUCCUGGCUGGCCUAAAGAGACUACAAGUGCAUUGACACAUGCUGGUGCUCACUUGGAUCUGUCUGCAUUUUCAUCUCCUGAGGAGUUGGCAUCACUUGGAUUGGACAGAUUGAAGUCUGCCCUCAUGGCACUGGGCUUGAAAUGUGGCGGCACACUUGAGGAAAGGGCACAGAGACUGUUUGCAACAAAAGGAAAGUCUUUGGAUGAGCUGGACCAAACCAUGUUUGCUAAGAGUAAACCAGGAAAGGCUGGUAGAAACAAAGACAAUUCUGAAAAACAGAAAGAUAUUGCGUUUCUUGAAUCGCAAGUUUAUAGGCUGACAGAAAUUCUUGGGGAACAACGGUUGUCAACGGUCGAAAAUGUGCAGCGCAAGCAAGCGAGAACAGACACAGAGCGUGAAGAGGAGGAAGAGGAGGCGUUUAGCGACACUGACAGUGAAGACGAAGAAGAAGAUGCCAUCUAUAAUCCUAAAAAUCUACCCCUGGGUUGGGAUGGUAAACCUAUACCAUACUGGUUAUAUAAACUACAUGGCUUGAACAUCAGUUAUAACUGUGAAAUAUGCGGUAACCAUGUCUAUAGAGGGCCUAAAGCAUUUCAAAGACAUUUUGCUGAAUGGAGACAUGCUCAUGGUAUGCGAUGUCUUGGCAUUCCCAACACUGCACAUUUUGCCAAUGUUACUCUCAUAGAAGAUGCUGUAGCAUUGUGGCAGAAACUGAAGACUAAUAAGCAUACAGAAAGAUGGCAGCCAGACACUGAGGAGGAAUAUGAAGAUUCCAGUGGAAAUGUUGUUAAUAAGAAAACCUAUGAAGAUUUGAAACGUCAAGGACUUUUGUAGUAUAUUUGAAAAAGAAAAAAAAUUAUUCUGUUGAAUAUUUAACCACUGAUAAAUGUGUUGUUUUAGACAGAAAUCUAGUAUGUAUUCCGGUUUUAUCCCAAAUACAAUUGGUGACUGCUGUGCCUAAAUUUUCAAACAUUGCCAAGUUCCACAGCUUGUUUUUUUUGGGAGGGGGGAGGGGUUCUGACAAAAUAUGAAAAUAUUUACGAAAAAAGUCAAAAAGAAAAUGCACGUUAUUUCAUAUCUUGUGAAUCAUUACAUUUAGGACUAUGAAACUAUUGCUUGUCUACAAAAUGUAUUGGAGAAUACAACUAAAAGUGACCAUGUUCUGUUCGUUAUCAUUUCUACUGAGUUCAGCAGAGCUCAAUUUAGGUAACACAGAUGUGAUUUUUUACCAUAAAAAUUCUUAUAUUUUAACUAACUGAUUUUUAGUCAACAAAAUGAAGUUUUAAAAUUGGAGACAACUCGGGUUAUUUGAAUUUGACAGUCAAUUCUUUGAUUUUAGAUCAAUAAUUCAAAUGUAUUUCAAUGAAAUUUUGGUCAUACCGGUAUGUUGGCAAACAAUACGUGAUAAGCAUUCAGGAUACACGUCUUUUCAAGAUUUUUGUGAUUUCAUCUGUAUAUAUUCUUGGAAACACUGGUCAUCUUACAUAUCUAUAUACCAAUUUUGCUUUGGCAUAAAAUAGGAAAAAUCGAGUACUCUAAAAUGUUUGGUUAGGAAAGUACACAAGAUGUUUCUAUUUUUUCAGUGUUUCUAAAUUGUUCAUUUCACAUGGGGCAGUCAGUCAAAAUGCAGCCAAUGCACACUCACCUUCUGUAAUGGUCGUAAGAUAUCAAUAAACUUAAUCGGAAUUUUAUAAAAA